UUGACAGGAGGAGCUGUAUUUAGCUCACCUGCGGCUCUACCUGCCAGAAUACAGUUAGCGGCGCGAGGCCAGGAGCUGCUGAAGAUGAUGGCUCAGAUAUUCCUGGCGGGGGCACUGUGCUGCACCACAUUGCUUCCAGGGCUGCUGGAAGCCACGUCGCUGAUGAAGAUCAUUAAGCCUGAAGGGGAGCAGGCUCAGACGGUCAGCGCUGUGACGAUCGACCCAGCCAAGGCCCACGACUUCCUGUCCUCUCGCUCCCGGCCCAAACGCAACGCCGAUAAGUGGCACCGCAACAGUCCGGACUUCCAGGCCUACUACAAAUACUACAACAGCAUCGGCCACACUGAAGGGCUCUAUGAGAUUGACCGGAUCAGGAUGCUGUACCAGCAGAUGCGUCACCUCGAGCAGGUCCACGGCUCUAAUGCCCCCUAUUACCAGUACACUCUGGGCCUGGCGCCCACCAAGUGUGACCCGAGCAAGGACAAGAAGUGCAAGACCACCCUGCCCCCCCCUCCCCCUCCCACCACCCCUGCGCCUCCUGCCCCACUGCAGCAGACCCUGAUCCGCUACCUCUGUGACCCCCGGGACCACACCUGCCAGCCCCACAUCGUCUACAUGACCCUGGGCUCCAGCCCUUUUCCCUGUGACCCUCGCUACGACCCUGCCUGCCAGACCCCCCAAACCGAGGAGCCCCCCAAAACCGAGGAGCCCCCUCCACCCCCUCCGCCCCCAGCUCCGAAAAAAUCAGUUCCCCUUCCUCCUCCUCCUCCCCCUCCCCCAAGACCUUACAAAGCCAUGGAGUACGACUGCGACCCCUACUGGGACCCCGACUGCCUGAGAGAGGUGCCCCACAUGCUCACCAAAGGGAAGUCCCACCCCCAGGUGCCUGAGCCCCCCCCUGUGGAGGAAGAGGAGGAGGAGGAGGAGGAAGAGGAAGAGCCUGCUCCGCCCCAGCCUCAGAAGAAGGUUAAGAUGCCUUUGCCCUAUCCCUACUAUGUCCAUGGGCAGUACUACAACUACAACCCCUAUGACCCCUACACCUACACCCAUCACACUCCAGACAGCCAGUGAAGACCCUGGCUUACACUCUUAGAGGCUGGGGGCAAUUAAAACAUCCUGCCCCCACCAGUAAGCCCCAACCCCUUCCCUCCUGCCCCAAUCCCUCCAUCUCCA